AUGUACAACUUUACCACAUCCUUGAGCGCUCAUGGAGAGCCAGCAGGUCGCAUUUUCCUGGGUUUCGCUCUUUCUCUCCUCGUGUUGUGGACGUUAUUAGGCAAUUUCACGGUUUGCGUUGCGGUUUUGCGCUUCCGUCACCUGAGGGGAAAAGUUACCAACGUCUUCAUCGUUUCUUUGGCGAUGUCCGACCUGCUGGUGGCUGUUCUGGUGAUGCCGUGGAAAGCGGCCACGGAGGUGACAGGACACUGGGCGUUUGGCUCUUUCUGCGAGUGCUGGGUGGCUUUUGACAUUAUGUGCUCCACCGCUUCCAUCCUCAACCUGUGCGUAAUCAGCUUGGAUCGAUACUGGGCUAUUUCAAACCCGUUUCAAUACGAGAGAAAAAUGAACCGUAAAGUCGCCCUCGUUAUGGUCAGCGUAACGUGGAUCGUAUCGGUGGCUAUAUCAUUCGUGCCCGUGCAGCUGAACUGGCACCGGGCAGACCUGGGAACGGUCACCACAAACAACUGGACCACCAAGGAAAUGUGUGACUCGAGUCUAAGCAGAACUUACGCUAUUUCAUCCUCUCUAAUAAGUUUUUACAUUCCAGUAGCAGUGAUGCUGGUCACAUACACGCGCAUCUACCGCAUUGCUCAGGUUCAAAUCAAGAGCAUCUCUUCGCUGGAGCGCGCAGCGGAGCGCGCACAGAACUGCAGAGCUGGUGCGCGCACCUGUCCUCUCCAACACCGCGCGCUAAGAGAAACCAAACUCUUUAAAACUCUCUCCGUGAUUAUGGGGGUGUUUGUGUGCUGCUGGUUUCCCUUCUUCGUCCUGAACUGUGCGGUUCCUUUCUGCCACAAGCCAAAUUGUGUCAGUGAAGCAACGUUUAACGUGUUCGUAUGGUUUGGCUGGUGCAAUUCAUCGCUUAACCCGAUCAUAUAUGCUUUCAACUCUGAUUUUAGAGAUGCUUUUGCUCGGCUUCUGUGCUGCCAUGACCUGUGCACCAAAACGCCUCUUGAUGUUCAGUGCAAGGAUCCAGUGUCCCGUAAUAAUCAGGGCAGCUCUGUUAACACUAUGGAAGUCGGAUAUGUCAGUUUGGACAGGGUAGACAACGAAAUGCAACGUCCACUGGUGGAAAUACAUAUGUUUGGAGAUGAGAGCGAGGUUCAGCAUACCAACUCAGAAGAUGCGUGUCAGAAUAAAUGACUUUUUGUUAGGCUUGGUUUUCACAAUAAAUAUUUCUCAGGUUUUAUUUUUGAAAGUCAGUUUCUGUAUAGGCACAUACCUUAACUUUUUGGCUCCAGAAAGAUUUAAAAAUGUCCAGGAUACAGUCCCACUGAUUUUAUCGGGGCAUGUUGUCACAAUGGGAAAGUGGUGUUUAUUGGCCAGUUUGAGGGGAAGGUCUUUGAAUUGUUCAGGUAAAAAUGUUCAGUCUUAAAGUAAAGUUGCCAUUUUUAACAUUUAUUUAAACUAUUUAUAGCAGUUUUUUAAACAGUAAAACUGUCUAUAUGAAAUCUAUGUAACAUACAAAACGACCAAUCAUUAUUUUUAGCUAACAGGUAACAAGCAUUAAAAUAAAUUGAUUGUGUAAAAUAUAAUUUUAUAAAACAAAUAGGAAAAGUUGCACCAACUUACUUUUGAAUUUAAUCCAGCAACAGUAAAUGAAAAAAAAAUCUGUUAUUUAAUUACUCGCAUG